AUGAACCUCUCCUCCUCAACCUCUACCACGCCCACCCACUCACCGACCUCCUCCCCCGGUCCCCAAGUUGGUGCCGACCCAGGAGGAGAAGACCUCCCGCAAUGGGCCCGUCCCUCGGCCUCUAACAUCCGCCGUCUGUCCUCCGGCCGUCCCUACUCCGUCCCCCGGCACGCUUCGCACCGCUCCUCCGCCGCCGCUGCCGGCGGCGGUCGGGUAGCUAAGCUCAAGGCUCUGGCCUUAAAAGCUAUUGCAACUGGUCUCACCAUCACCCAGCGCGCCAUCACCAUCUUCCUCGGCCUCUCGCUCCUGCAAAAGAUUGCCAUUCUUGUCGCCCUCACAAUCUUCUUCUCGCUGAGCGUCGUCGCGCUGGUCUACUCCCACGCCAUCUUCGCCUCCCUCGGUCCCUUGGCAGAAAAAUGGCGAGCCCUACCGUUCGGCUGGCUGCUUUGUUUUGGCCUUGUCUUCAUGACGGCUUUCCCCCCAAUCAUCGGUUACUCUACCGCCGUGACCGUUACCGGGUUUGUCUACGGGUUUCCGUGGGGAUGGCCGAUUGCUGCGGCGGCGACGGUGGCGGGAUCAACGUGUUCGUUUUUGGCGUCGAGAGGCGUGUUGGCUGGGUACGUGAAUGGGCUUGUGGGAAAGGAUAAACGGUUUGUGGCGCUCAGCCAGGUUCUGAGGAGGGAUGGACUGGGGGUGCUGGCAAUGGUCAGGUUCAGUCCGUUGCCGUAUAGUUUGAGUAACGGGUUUUUGGCGACGGUGCCGAGGUUGAGAGUAGGGGGGUUCGCGGUUGCAACUGGGUUGGCUACCCCCAAACUUUUCGUUCACAUCUUCAUCGGCUCCCGCCUUGCCCUCCUUGCCUCAUCAGGCGACAAGAUGACCACCCGCGACCGCGCAAUCAACUACAUCUCCAUGCUUCUCUUCGGCGCUGUUGGCGCCGCCGUCGGCUAUCUCAUUUGGAAGCGGACCAUGUCGCGGGCCGACGAGUUGGCGUACGAGGAAGGGCUGGACGGGGUCGACUCGCUCGCCGCCGCCGCGGGGACCACGGCCGCUGGGGAGGUGCAUCGCACGGCGGAUGGCACGCUUGAAAUCGGAGAUGAUGACGAGGAGGAUUAUGCGGAUCUCGAGGGCAACAGCGGCGGCCGACUGUUGGUUGGUGGUAAUGCGGGUAGGCAAGGGGAUCUAAGGAGGCAGAGCAGUGAGAGUGAUAUCUCGCUAUGGGAGACGGAUCGAUAUAGGGAUAGCUGGGAUGAGGAGGCCAAUCUUGGAGGGCGGAAGUAG